UGACGAACGGGGUGAACAUCGUUUGCUCUCCACGCACGUCCCGCGUCCGGCUCUCUGCCCUCGGCCGGAGUUUUAUGUGCCGGGGUGCUUUCGCCGCGUCUUCAUCGACAGUGCCGACGUCUCCCUGCUGUGGCGGACAGCUCUGCCGGAUCAGCACAGCCCUCGCGAAGUGGCCGACGAAGUGGCGCGUGGCGAGCUCGGCGACACCGUCUCGUCGUGUACGCUCGAAGCGGGCGACGUCAUUGUCGAGGUCAACGACACCCCCGUGGUCAGCUUCACCACCAAAGAAGUACUCAAAUGCCUGAGGCUGGCCAACGAUGUGGUGACACUGAAAAUAAAGAAAGACCCUGCCAUCCAGGAGCGCGUGCGGCGCCAGAUGAUGGCGGCCGCGUCGGGUGAGCGGCUCAAGUCGCCGCCGCCGUCGCCGGCGUCGGGCGAUCCGGGCGCGGCGACCCCGCGGCAGAACGGCACCAGCGCGGGCGGGCAGCACGCGGCGUCGGACGAGGCUGGCGGCGACGAGAGCGUGGCCACCACCUCAUCCACGUCGUCGUCCUCGGCGGCGGUGGUGGCGCGCAAAUGCGAGCUGUUCACCAUGACGGGCGACUUGAUCAUCACCAAGGCGAGCAGUACCAAGACGCCCGCGACGCGCACCCAGUCUACGCCGGCGAGCCCCGGGGGCGACCCGCAGCGGGGCACCAAGCGCGAGGCGUCCUCACUGCAGAGCCCCGUGGCCGAGAAGAAGGGCUCGUUCGGCGUGCGCACCUCGCGCAGCGACGACCACUUGGGCAAGGCGCGCGGCACCGUGGCCGCCGUCAGCAUCGACAUCGACGACGACGAAAUGGCCUCGUCGCUCAACACGCUGCUCGACACCAAGGACGACCCGCGCGUACUCUGGACGUACAACGCCGGCAGCGGCUCGUCGGAGGACAACACGGCCACCACCGGUAGCGCGUCUUCCUCCUCGGGCCGGCGCGAGGACAACCUGAGCGAGCUCGAGUGCUGCACGUCCGAGAUGGCGUCGGCGUUCGGCUCCGAGGAAGCGGACCGCGUUCACGCCAGCGAGCUGGACCUCAGCUCGCCCAGCCAGCUGUCGCCGGAGAACGAGGACGGCUUCUCGCGCGAGGAGGACUGGGUCGCCGAGCCGGACCUGAGCGAGUCGCAGUUCCGCCACCCGGCCUUGCUCGACUCGUCGCUGCGCGCGGCCGCCCGAGGCGGGUCGCGCAGGAUGCAACACUCGCGUUCCAACGGCUCCACCGCGUCGCGCACCGACGCCUCGGAGACGCUCGAGCUGGACUCUCCGCCUUCGGCCCACUCCGGCGGUACGCUCGAGGAGGAGCUGGCGCAGCAGGAUGACGCUGCGACAGCCACGGACGAGGAGUCCGACGCCGAGUCUCUGCGCAGCUUCCACUACAGCCCCAAGGCGGUUGACAUGCCGUCCGCGUCGCGGCUCGCCAAGAGGCUCUACAACCUCGAGGGCUUCAAGAAGUCAGACGUGUCCAGGCACCUGAGCAAAAACAACGAGUUCGCGCGGGUGGUGGCGGAGGAGUACCUGCGCUUCUUCGACUUCACUGGACGGCCCCUGGACGCGGCGCUUAGAAUGUUCCUGCACCGGUUCUGCCUCAUCGGCGAAACUCAGGAGCGCGAGCGUGUCCUCGUCCACUUCUCCAAGCGCUACCUCGAUUGCAACCCUGGCGCCUUCAAGUCUCAAGAUGCUGUGCACACACUCACAUGCGCACUAAUGCUCUUGAACACUGACCUUCAUAGUGAGAAUGUUGGCCACAAGAUGACCUGCCUCGAAUUUAUUGAGAAUUUGGCUGAGCUGAACGAGGGUGAGAACUUCCCCAAAGAAGUGCUCAAGGCACUCUACCUGUCCAUCAAGACGUCACCACUUGAGUGGGCUGUUGACGACUCUGAACAGGAAGUACCAGCACAAGAUAAUCACACAAAUUCAUCAGAAGCCAGGCCAACUGGAUUUAUUGGACACAAUCCUUUCCUUGAAGUUCCCAAUCCAAAUUGUGCCACCGAAUACAAGAAGGGCUAUGUAAUGCGCAAGUGCUGUUUAGAUCCAGGUGGAAAAAGGACUCCUCUUGGAAAACGUGGAUGGAAAAUGUUCUGUGCGACGCUACGUGAUCUUGUGCUCUAUUUACAUAAGGACGAGCAAGGGUUUAGGAAAAACCAGUUAUACGAAAGCUUGCACAAUUCCAUCAGAAUUCACCACUCUUUGUCAGCCAAGGCAACAGACUACACGAAGAAACAGCAUGUCUUCAGGUUACAAACGGCAGAUCAAGCAGAGUACCUCUUUCAAACUGGAGACGCCAAAGAGCUGCAAAGCUGGGUAGACACUCUCAAUUUUGUGACAGCCAGUUUGUCGGCACCUCCUCUUGCCGGUGCAGUGGGCAGCCAGAAGAGGUUCCAGAGGCCUCUGCUUCCUGUUAGCCAUACCAAGUUCAAUCUGAGAGAGCAAUUGACUGACCACGAGAAUCGCAUUGUGUGGCUCGAGAAGGAGCUUGAGGAACAUGUUGCUAAUGCACCAGAGAAAGGUGCCAAGUCUAGAACUGUCGCCGAGUUUGUUGAGAAGGAGUCUUUCUUGCAGAAUGAGCUCAAGCGAUACCGCACCUACGCCUACCUGCUGCGCUCCAAGAUGGCGCAGUAUCCUGAGCUUGUACCAGCACUCGUCGAGACAAGCAUUGGCGAAGUGGAUGAGCCAGAGCAAAAUCAUGGUAGCAGCCAUGGGUGUGCCAACAACCCAUCACCUGCAUCACCAUCUCGGACUAAGCAGCCCGCACCCGCCCACAAGGCUCUGCCCAGCUCUCCUGCACUUGGCUCAUCCUCGCCCACAUUUGUAUCACCAUCAGUGGCCAGUUCGUGUUCUCCCCGAAGUUCCCCAACGGCUGCGCGAAACAAGCGAAUAGCACAGGAUAGGUACAGCUACCGAACGGCAGUACAGAAGGGUGGUGACCUAGGCACAUAAGGUGCUGUACAUCACCGAACUCCUACCAUGUGGCUAGAGCAUGCAGGAAAAGCGACAUUCAAUCGAAUAAAUAGAAGCAGGUGCACAUAACCAGCCGGUAGUGGGCCUUUUAGAGAUAGCAGCAUUGCAGGCCACAACCCUUGGCUAAAUCUCAAGCGAACAGCACUGCUGGCCAGGUUUCCUGUAAGCUUAGAAAGCUGGUUUUAAAAAAGGCUGCUGCAGGUUGGAAGUGUUGUACCUCAAGACUUACAAAGGAAAACACGUAGUAUCUUUUGGUAAAUAUAUUGUGUACAUUACUAAGUUUUGUGUGCUGCACGUCUGAGGCACAUUGAAAAAGCUGAAUGAUCAGGUUUACCUUCAGCUUUUUUGUAGCUUUUCUUGUUAUUUAUAUAGGAUCUUUCUGUUCUUUUGAAAGAUUUUAUUUUAUGGCACAUAUGCACUCAUUAUGUGUGUGAAUGAAUGUUGUUUGGAGGAUUAUUUUAUUUAGCAUUAUUGUUUUUGAGAAAGAGUUUUGGGCGGCACUCACUGCUGUUAAUAACUGUAAAUAGUAUUUUAUACAUAGAACGUGUUUAUAGUGAGUGCUAUAUUUAAGGUCAAAUCAUGCCAAACUAUGAGUGCAACUCUCUUCAGUAAAACGAUUUUCUCCUCCUUGUAUACUCUAUGCCUGUAGCAUGAGGUUGACAGGUAUAAUGAGAGAAUCAUCUUGAGACACAAAAUCGGAAGACAGGCAGAUGUCAAACAGUGAUAUACAUGUUCCAAAAUACCUAUUAAUGUGGCAUGCAAGAUAUCUUAUCAUUCUUGGAGUUUAGAGCAAUGUAUAUGAUGUUUCUUUCUUUUUUCUUUCUUUCUUUCUUUCUUUCUUUGUCAUUGCUUAUACUGAGUGCACAUUACAACCUCAUUCCAGGAGACAGUUAAAGGCCUUCUAGAAAGGCUAAUGGGAAACUUGAGGAUUGGGACCAACUUUAGUCUCGUGAACAAGUGACCAGAGUCACAUAGCACCAGGCUCUUAAGUUGGUGUGUGGCAUGCAUUCUGCACAACAACUUAUUUUAAAAAUUGUGCUCGUUUCACUGGGAAGCUUCAAAAUGUAUAUCACCCAAUCCACAGGGGUCAUGACGUUGAGAAGCAUGUUGAAGGAUCUUUAAUUGCAUGUUUUGUCAUCAUGCAUUACUGAUUUUGCGCCUGGCAUAGGAAUGUCAAUAUGAAUCAUAUGAGCUGCCCUUUGCUUCCUUUUCUAUUACGUUUUCUUUUUUAAGUUGUGAAUUGUGUGAGAUUGAUGGCAACAGUUAGCCAUCUCAUAUACUUAACCUUGUUGCCACUUUUAAGAUAGUGUUCAAGAUAGAAAGGAAGGUUGACACUAUCCUGUUUUUUUUUUAAUCCUGUUGCCAGUAUUGCCAUGCCAUGAUACAAAUUGAGUGCUGCAUGCCUAAUAUCUAAGGGAGUGUGCCUUGAGCAUUGUAUACCUUGGAAGAUGGGAGAAUGUUCUGUCAGAUUUCAGCAGAAACAUUGUGAAACGAUGCAUCAUUUUACACUCUUCGUGCUCAAAGUGUUUAGAGGGACAUUCUAUAACCCUUUGUUUAAUCUUAGCUUUUGGGAUUGUCAGUUGGAUAUUGGCAUAUUUCGUGCUUUCUGCACACUGUUUCUUUUUCUCUACCAUGCUUUUGUUUCUUUAAUUUGUGCUCUUGUCUAAAGGGACAAACUUUGCAGCAGCUGUGAAUUUUAGGAAUUUCAGAUUUGCUAAUGACAAAAAUGCCGAUUCGUCCUCUUAAACCUCACUCCUGCAUCACCAUGACCUAAGCAAAAGCAAGCACAUUAGUAAUGCCAUGAUGCAUGCAUAUUUAUUUUACUGCAUAGUGCUUUGUUUGGAAGAUCCUGUGUGCACUUACAGAAAUAUGUGUUGACUACAUUUGCAUUUAGAAGGAAUGAUUGUUACAUGCAAUUCUUUGGACCAAAUUCACAGCUGCAGUUUUCCUAAGAGCAGUGCAGUUCUGUCUCUUUCGUUAUUCAACUGAUUGUCUGCAGUGCAAGGGAUGAGACGAGACUUAAUUUUCUCUGGCUGUGUAAUUUUCUCUGGGCAAGUGAGUGGCUGCUUGUGCUUUGCUGCUUCCGUGUUUCUGUUUUAUUGUGUUUUUAUGUUUCACCGUAUGCCAUUUUGCUGUGCCAUAUGUGAGCAUAAAUUGUGCUGCGCACAGGCAAUAAUUAGCUUGGCACCAUGCCAGCAGUGCCAGUAAGGCAGAAAGACAAAGUGUUCCUGCCGACAUCCUGUAGUGCCCCCUCUACCUUGCAUGUUUUCAACGCUCGUCUCACGUACUGUAAACUGGCCAGAAAAGCCAGAAACUCAUUGCAAUCAGUGUGAACGACGAGUUUUCCUGCCUAGUCAUCAAUCAAGCCUGUUCAUGCAUCGAAUGCUUAGAACAUGCCACUAUCUUCAUUUAUGGUGGAGUUUGAGCAUUAUGACAUGUAUUAAGAGAUGUAACUAGUUCCACAAGUAGUGUGGACAGUUGUCAGUGUUAUUCAUCAACUAUGAGAAACAUGAAAUGAUUGAAGUGCAAACAAAAAUCUGACCAAAAAGAGAAAAAAAAAACAUGUGCAAAGUGAGGUGUGAAUUAUAGGUAUAAAAUGUGUGUUAGACAAGUUCAGACAAUUGGAAGAUGGAAUUUGUAUGAGCUCAAAAGCUCAAAAUGAAUGACUGGUUUUUUUUUUUUUUUUUUUUUAGGAGCAGAAUGCAAGUGACUGGUAGUACAACAUGAUUUUGUCAUUACUCUAUAUUUACAUUGACAGCUGGUUUAUGUUGUUGGCUAAGCAUGCAGCUGUGGGACAUCAUUGUCAAUGUCAAGGUGAUACUCACUUAACAUUUUGGCCCAAACCACUUAGUAUGCACAGUUUCUUGCGGCAGAUGGCAUUUUUAUGCCAUCUAAAUAAAUUUAGCCCCUUGCUACAGGUUGUUUUAUGCAUUUGCUUAACAACACAUCUUUGUGGGUUUUCUCACUGAACUGCAGCUGCUGUUCUGCCACUAUUGCUUGAAGCAUCUUGCCAGUUAGGCUGGGCGAGAAACCAUCUUGUUAAAUAUACAUUUCUUAAUUUAUGUGCGUGAAGGAUUUUUUCAUCAUUUAGACUAGACUUCCAGUGUCAACAUAUUUUUGAUAUUGUGGCAUCGGAUUUAACUAUAACAGCAGUUCAGAAUUUGAAGAAUACCUAAUUUGUUGGGAGUAUAGCUGCAGUACAUAAGCAGUCGCUUGUACCUCUGUGAAGAGCUAGAUUGUAAUAUGCACAUCAAGUGACUAAAGCGUUCUUAGCUAAGCCAGGUAUAAAAAAAUCAAAGCUGAUUGUUCAACAGAAUACAAGAGAAAUGUUUGAAGCAGAAAAGAGACCACAUAAUACAUCUGUGACACCACCUUGGACAUGUCAUUUUAACACUUGCAUUCUUUUACAACACACUGUUUCAGUAAUGUUCUUGGGACAACUAUGCCACACAUCUAAGCUUAAAACCUGUCCAGACUGUAGCACCCUUGUGUGCAGUUAUGUGCUUAGUAUGAACUGGCUAAUUAGUAAAGGGUGUUGGAACAGAAAAAUGCUUGAUAGGAGAUAGGAGAUAACACUUACAUUAAUAUUUCUUUUUCCCCCUUUGCUGCAUAUGUUCGUAUGUGUGAGCACUGUUCGUAAAGUCUUGUGCGUGUUUUGACACAUAUCUUCAUUUAUUUUUAGCCCUAGGGUAAGCAGUAGCUUGAGUAGGUUGUGCUCGUUUCAAAUACCAGCAGGUUAUUAUUCUAAAAGGUGUGGAGAGUAAGAAUUCUAGGCAUUAUCUUGAGGGGGCUAGCUGCUGCAGGGAUAUAACCACCAGGGCGUUUGCUUGCACAUUUUACAUCCCUGAUUAUUACUUGUCACGCCAUCGCAGAAAGCAUUCCUGACUACUAAAGUACAUGUCAAAACAUGGAAGUGCUGUCUGUCAUUGAGCAACGGCUGUACCUAGCUAAAGAAAAUUUAUUUUUGGUAACUGUUUAGGCCAGUUGGAGCAGAACUUUUAUAGUCAACGGCCCAUUUUAGGACGCCUCAUUUGCUCGAUUACCCCGACGUCCCCGCGGCACCGCCACCUACUCCAUAGGACCAGUAUUGCGGCCAAAAUUUCGGACGCCGCACGGUGUGUCGCGAGAUUUUUCAGACACUGGCUCGCGCGAUGUCGGAAACGGGCGGCUGUGACCGCUGUUGCCGCCAUUGAGGUUAUCGCCCGUAUCCUCACUUUCCUUGGCGAGGCAACUGCUCGGCUUUUUUUAAUUCCCUACGGCCGCUGCGAAGGAAUUUUCGGCGAUUCGGUAGCAAACCGCUACUUUCGUCUCCGACUUCCGACCAGGUGACGCUGUUCGGCGCCUCCAGGUGUGGUAGCAGGCGGCAAGCUGCCGCGGGAAAUUCGCCGCGUUCAUGCCACUCAACGGUGGUCGGGCAGGAUAUCACACGCGCAGGCCAUGAACUGACGGCCGUAAAAGUGGAGCUCGGAUCAGCGAGCUGAAAGGGACACUAAAGGGCAAAUAUUAAGUCAAGCUAAAAUAAUAGGUUAGUGCUCGAGAAUGUCUAAGACGAAUAUUAUCGCGCACUGAGCUUUAGUAACCGAGAAGUUGAGGUAAAUACAGGACACAAUUAGAGACUCCCGCGGAACAUUCAAGUACUAGCCCAAUGAUGAAGGCACUCCUCAUUAUAAUUAUGUUACUAGUACUCAACUGUUCGUAAAAAAAAGAUAAUUGCAUUUCACUGUAAGACGAAAGAAAAUGCUUCUUGUCCCGUUCUAAUUCAUAUUUAGAAAGAACUCACUGGCUUUAUCCUUGUCAGCGACGCGGCUGGUCGAAAGGUUUCGUUUUCUUCACUCAGCGCCGCCCGCGCUUUCGCGUGUCAGUACAAUUUCGUUAUCGCGUAGUGCUGCGCUGGUUCUGCUAACUCGCGAAACUCGCACAAAGUGCAAGUAGCAGAGAAUGCCACGUUCAUGUGAUGUCACGGAGUUUCUGCACGGUCUACGCCACUUGACCAAGAGCAGGAUCAGCGGCGAAUCCAACGCUCUGCCUUGGCACGAUUUCUCCAUGGCCGCGCGUUCGCGUUUUGUGCAAAUGACCCUAGCACAAUCUAUCGGGUGCCGUUUUACUCAUCGACGGCAGUAAAGGGCAGUGAUGGCGUUUUGAAUUUCCCUUGUAUACGGACUUUUCAGACGCGAUUUUCUCGUAAACUAGGUGUUUUCUUGGCACGAAACAAGUGCUUCGAGGUUUCUGGAAUGGUAUUUUAACAGUCCACGUCGACUCAGUAUUUGCCUUUAGUGUCCCUUCAACAGCCCACAGCUACCGCGCAUGACUGCCAAGUUUGUUCGCCGAGUGCACGAAAUGGCGAAAGCCUGCCUCCAGGCAGAAAGCCUCAAACUGAUUCCUCGCGACAGCGCCUAAUUUAUGACGUCGCGCAGCCAAGGUGGCGCGCGCGAUGUCUUCGGACGACGUGCAACGCACAUCGGGUUGCGUGACGGGCAAAUCCGAAACAGUCCCGCGGCCUCGACCACCACGAAAUUUCAAGUAGGUAUUCCUUCGUUGAAGCACAACGCAGAGCAGCAGCAAAUUUAAUUUCACCGUUAAAAUCCGUUUUCUUCUUCUUUUUUAUCUCCCGGAGUGUCCGAUUAUUCGUUUAUUGUUGCGGAUGCCUCCCGUGUCCGUAAAGCUGGUAGGCGACUGUUCCAUAUUUAUUUGCAGAAUUGGAGCGAAAUAGAAAUAUGAAAUUGACAACGAAAGCAGAUAUCAAAGUUGUGUAAAGCACACAGGAGUUUUGUCACAGCAGUUUUACAAGGACUUCUGAUCUCGGUGGCAAAAUUAGAAACUUUUUUGUUACGUUUGGUUUUAAAGUUUGGCAUUAGGAAAUAAUUGGACGUUACACAUGGGGCAUCAGUCGUAAGCUUGAUGCUCCAUUCUUGAAGUUUUGCGGCUUUCGUAAAUCUUUAAAGACUUUGAGAGACUAAAUAAAGAAAUACUCUAACACUGACGUUGAAAUUAUAUGAACUGCGACAGUUUUCAUUCAAAUCGGUUCACUUCUUGCUUAAUCUGAUCAUUUUUGCGUGUCUCAGAAUACGGAAGGCCCGAGCUUCCAGCUCUGUCGUUAUAGCGUGAAGUAGUCUUGGAGAACCGCUACACCUCUCGAGGUUUCGAUCGUUCUGCGAGCAUUGCCUGGUCGCGCCGCUGAUUCUCCGGGAACCGUAUUCGUUGCUUGGCGUCGGUUGCACAGGCGAGAACAACGGCCGAGCCCCCUCUGCUGAAUGCCUAAAGCCAGUCGCGCUCCGAUCGAGCUCCGCUCAGCCGAAGCGUGCGCGAUGCGCAUGGUGACCCGCGGACGCUGCGACCGAGCGCCACGCAUGGCAGGGCGGACAUAGGAUUUUGCGGGAGUCGCGUUCUGGCGGCAGCGCGUCCUUGCAUCCAUCACCUUCAGGGCGACCUGGCUUCGGAGCACGUUUUUUUCUUGACGUUGCUGUAGACGUGCGUUUCAUUUUUUGGUCGCCAAAUUGGUUGCGAUGGACAUCGGUUAAUGUGCGGCGUUCACUUGCCUAACUAAUCGUACAAAAUUCACCAAUUUACGGGUUAAUUUCUUUAGGGCACGCGUUGCAACUUGGGAAUUGAAGCCAGUCACCGCUUAAUGCGCGUCCAUUUAGUAGGAAUUAUUAGGCCAGUAUACCGGUUUCGAGAUAGUUGACCCCCAGUAUAUAUGACGCGAAAUACAUUGGUAUUCUACAUAGUUUCGUCCGGGAACACGCAAGCAAGGCUUUGAGGGAAAUAAGUGGAGCGCGAAUGCAUUUUCCUGCAAGUUCUCGAAACUGGGAUUAGCCUGGAGUAUGUGCAUUAAACACUGACCGGCCUAAGUUCCGCAAUCGCUACCGGAUGCUCUGAGACAAAUGAUUAAAACGUUAAUUCGAAAAUGAUACAUUAUUAACGUUUAAGUUUUCAGACGUCUACCAUUGUCUGUCGCCGCUGAUAAUGUGUUGCUAAAUAAAAUACUGCACUGUCUACAAAAGUAGCUUUUAUGUCUUGACGAAGGUACAAAACGCGGUUCGUGCUCAGGACGGGCUUCAGCAUUAGAAUGAACGUAGAUGCGUCUCGCUCACUGAACGUAUGAUGCGGUGGGAAUGCUUAGAACAUUUGUGAAGCCAUGCAGAAACGCAGUACGAGCUACAUUUGACGUAGACAUUUAUAUCGUUUACCUGUCAUGAGGUAUAAAUCGUAAACUGAAUUCGAUGCGCAAACGCGCAGAACUGCCUAGGAUGCUUGGCGCGUCGCUGAAGUUAUCAAAAAGCAAGCUUAUUCUAGAAAACUGUUUCGGGCGCUGCGUUCUUUGAACUUGUCUGUGAAACUGAUACUACGGUAAAAAGAAAAAAAAGAAGGGGAAGAUUUUGGUGAGGUCGAUUCGGCAUCGUCUGCAGUAAGCGCUAUGUUCGCCUAUACCAUAUAGGAGGACGUAUGAUUCGUGCGAUCAUUAAUUCAAACCUGUGAGCAAUGUAGCUUCGUUGCUCGAGAUCUCAAUUCGGAACCUUUACACACACGCAUUUAUAUGUGUGCAUGUUGUAAAACGUACGAGCAGACGACCCCUGGAGGAACACAUGCUUGCGGUGGCGUGUGAGCGAGCGCCUUUUGCCUCUCUCGGAGCUCCCAUGGAGCGAACUUCAGUAGCGGUCAGCCAGUCUGUACCGCUGUAAUAGGGGAACACUUGCACCGUCUAUUCCCGACCCUGAGUGGAAUAAGAGAAAAUGAGUGCCAAUUUUCGACGAUCUAACAAUGCUUGAUUACUUUCAAAGUUUGCAUGCAUUUAUUGAGGAGCACGCUCGGAGUGUCGGGAAGUCGAUAUUCUGAAACUGUGGUGCAGACGCACUGCUCUUUUCAUGCAUGUGUAGAGCGUGAACACCACUAAUGGCCGAACAAUUUUUAUUCUAAGUGCUGAGAUUUGCUUGAGACGAUGGGCAUCUGAAAGGCGCGGUGGCGCUCUCUUCUUAUGGGACACUAGUGAGGUAUUCAGCAAUAUUAACACUGUAAAGACGGUUAAAGCAUUGGGGCCUAGCGUGUCAAGGCCUCUAUUCACAAAGCUUCUCUUACGUAAGAGCGUUUCCGCGCCCGCCACGUAAGACAAGUUGUGCAAAUAUAGGCCCAGAAAUCGUACGCGUGGCUACUCCCUGUCGUAACCCCCGGGAAAUCCCGGCAUAUCUAUAACUUCGCUGUUGGCUCUGAACGAAGGUACGCGAGUGGAAUGUCGCACGUGAGAAGCCUCGCACUGGGCCCGUGUUCAGCGAUGGACACAGUGGUAAUGCACGUGCGGCCGCGGUGCGCCUCCUGUACUCGCGCGCGCUCGCAGUGCUCCUUGGCGCGCCGAUUCGGGCACGCCGCGCUGUCAGACCAAGCCUUCUCUCGAGUGACGCUGUAGUGACGGACACUGCGCCGAGUUACGGCGACAGCCGACUUUUGAAGUUCAAAGCUGAUUGUGAUAGCUUUGUAUACCGCCUCAGAUAGGGUUGCUGUAGGAGCCCCCGCCAAGCAGUAGGAUAGCAUCGCCACGUUUUUACUAGACGGCUCGGCUACAUGCAGACCUGGAACCGUUUAAGUGUGUUACCGAGGUCCGGCAUCGCCUGGACAGCAAUUUUACAGCUGUGCGCGUAGAGCUAUGCGCACGUCACGUGAUCCCAGACUGAGCUUUCGGCGUUUUUGAGCUCGCGUGAGGCGAAGUUUGCCUAGCGAAGGUUGCGGCGAUUUGUGUCUGUCUAGCGCGGGGGAAGCAAUCUGGGGGGUGUGCGGUGUCACUCCUCGGUACACUCCGCCCCAACAGACUGGCUUUACAUGAACGCUUGUUACGAAAGUACUCGCGUAUGCCCAUCUUCGCAUUUAUUAGAAAUUUUCAUGAAAGUCUCCGGGAUAAUUCCUCUCAGCUGAAAACAUUCGUAAGGCUCAUGAGACCUUACGCAAAGCCGAAGCUGACGCGUGCCUUCCGGGGAACAAGUCGGCGCUUUGCGUUACCGUUAAUGAAUCUUUGAAUCAGCCGGUGCGGCACUUGGAAAAAUAUUUCUUGGCAAGGUGACUAAGGAGCCUGACGCCCAAGGCACAUGUGCAUGCUUGAGUCGACGUCGUCUAUGCAGCCGAUUGCAAGUUGAGGUCUGUGGCCGCGCAACUGUAACACUGGGUGCCUGCUACCCCGAGAAUUAAAAAAAAAAAGGAAACGCUUUACCUUUUGCAGUCUCCAUUUGAAGGGGCAUUCAAAACAUAAUGCGCAUAUAGCUAACGUUAAAACCAGAUGACUACAUUUCAUGCACCGGUAUAUUGCGACUUUGCUGCCGGUUGCAAAUAUGCACGCGCUAUGUCGAGUGUUUACGGCCACGCCCCUUUCUGGCCACCUCAUACCUUCUCUGACCUCUGCCGUAUCGAUGGUGUCAACCCGUGCGACAUCACGCUGUUAUUUUUGUUGUGGCCUAUUUUAUGGCCAACCUUCUCAUUUUUAUAACUCCACGCUCGCUUACCGAGUGUUGUGUGUGAGAUCUAAGGGCCGUCCGUCAGAGUAUAUACCGCGCAGUCUGUCUAUUCACAUCUGUUUAAGUUCUGCGAAACUUAACAGCUAAAUACACCGGCCGUGAGGUUGAAGGGAAACGAUGAUCGCUUUUUUCUCUCUGAAGCGUGUGAAAAUGUUUAAGCGUAUUCCGGAGGCGGGGGUCCGCAGGACAGUCGAUGCGGUUCUUAAAGGGCAAGUGACAAGUGUCAAAAUACUUUAACCAAGAGUGAAGCUGCAUUGCGCUGGUGAAUACCUAAGGUGACUCAUUAACGUUCCAGAGUUUUCCUGAGCUUUAAAAGAAAGCGCCUCGUGGAUAAGGAGAACUUACAGGCGCAGCCAACCGUGCACGAGAGGUUGACACCAUCUUCACGUGGCGCAAACGGUGCAUGUGUGUUAGCGGUGUUAUCGUUUCUCAGCGUUGUCACAUCUUUACAUUGUGUCUCGAUUUCCCGACCCCGCAAGUGCUUAGUGCGUGCCUUAGAAUGGGUAGCGUUUGAAACAUUUCCGUACUCUGGCUUUCGCGCGCAUGUCCACUGUGCGCGCGCUGUUUGCUGUCUUCAUUGCUGUUUGUGCUGCGGAGGCGCACUGUAAUUUACCUAUUUUUUUUUCCUUUCUGUAAUGCGCAAAGUCUUUUUGCAGGGGAUGAUGAGAUCAUUGUUAUCUUUGUUGAGCGAAGCCACCGCGCAAGAAUGAAAAAAGUGGCUUGGAAUCAUGGAACCAUGCUGGACAAAUAAACCGUUGUCUACGAACGA